ACAUUUGACCAGCGGAGACUACAACAUGACGUUAUCCAGACAUCAGAGGAAGGACAAGAAGAAAAGGCUGGAGCUGUUUCUGUCCAACCUGCUGUGAGAAAGUUGUGCUGGACAGGUAGCCGCUACAUGUAUGCCGGCCCAGGGAGGAAGCCUCAGCUCCUGAAGCAGCUGGAGAGCUACGUUCACAAGGAGCUGCAGAUGAUCAGCUCGUCUGAGCCUCAGUUUCAGGAACAGAGACUACAGGUCUACCGAGAUGCCUUUGGUUGUUUCAUCAAAGAGUUCAAAACCUACCAACCCCUUCUUUCUGCCAUCAAGAGGGAAUAUGAAAACACUUUAGCAUAUCAGCAGGAUCAAAUCAGAGAACUGGAGCCGCUGCGUUCCCAUGUGAGGUUGGUGACAGAGGAGUGUGAGAGGAAGAUCCAAGCUCGCUGGGAAGAGGAGCGGUGUGAGAUCAGAGCUCUGAAAACGGAGAAGCAUCAACUUCAGAGGGUCAUAGAGGCCAUGACGGAGAAGGAAACAGCCACACAGGCAGUGGUGGAGCGUCUGCAGUCUGAUCUCUCAGCUCAGUAUCUGCAGUACCGGGAGCAGCGUGAUGCCCGCCAGCUGCUGAUCUGGCAGAUCAACGACCUCACAAGAGGCUCUGUGGAGGAGGAACAUCCAGCAGAUGGAAACUCAGAUGCUAGGGACCCAGUGCAGCUGCAGCUCUCUCUGAAGGUGUGCCGGAGAGACCUGACCACAGCUCAGGAGGAGCUCACCAGGAUGAAGGCAGAGUACUGGGACGUGGUGCCGAGGCGCAACUGGGACGCCCUGGAACAAACACACCAACAGAACUACUCAAAGAUGCAAAUGUUGCAGAGUGACUUUGAUCAGCUGAAGAGAGAGCAUGACAUCCUGCUGGAGCUCCACAAAGAAGGCAGCAUGCAGAACAAGACUAAUGAGCUCUGCACCCAGCAGGUACUUUAUAGUACCUGUAGGGGCCACAUGUAAGGUUUAUGUAUUUUAUGUUUUCAUUGAAUAUUUUGCACUUAUUAUUUGUGUUCACUGGAGCUGGG